GCACACCAAAUAUUUAUCUCUACUCUCAUUUCUACCCACUUUGACAUCUCUUUUACCAUACAUACUAUCAUGCCUCCUUUCCGUUUUAACAUUCCUUUCUUCUCCUACGGCUCUCCUUCUCGUCCCUCUUCAUCAGGGACUUCUUCUUCCCCAUCACCACCCCCAACGCCUCCUACUUCUUCCCGCCCUCCUUUCCGUCCUGGUGGCAUCGCUCAGCCGUCAAAGCCAGCAACGUCGCAAGAAACAAAGCCAAAGGCGUCACCUACGCUUUCUAGGUCUAAAAGCAAUGUUGCGGCCACUGCAGCUUCUUCUUCUGCGUCUCAGUUGCCUUCUCGCGGUGCAGAAAGGCCAUCGCGGCUGGCGAAACAGAGUAACCAACCUGGUUCUCCGGUGAAGAAACCUGAGUCUGUGAGGGCAGAGGAGCAAAAGGUGGCGAUGAAAGAUAAAUCAUCAAGAGAAGUUAGAAAAGAAGCUGGUGAGAACAGCAAUCCGGUAGUAGAGAAGCCUCCGGCUGCACGUUCAGAACAAAAAGAAGCUCAGGAGCAGAGAAGGAGAGAAGUAGAGAAACUUACGGUGGUAGAUAGGGAUUCAAAAGCAGCUCAGGAACAGCAGAAGAGCAAAGAAACCGAGAAACUUGCACCGGAAGAAAAAAAGAAAGGUCUUAGUGAGGAUAUGGAAGAGAGAACUAAAACAGCUCAGGAACAGCAGAAGAGCAAAGAAACUGAGAAACUUGCAGUGGAAGAAAAGAAGAAAGGUCUUCUAAAGGACAUGGAAGUAAAAACAAAAACAGCUCAAGAACAGCAGAAGAGCAAAGAAACCGAGAAACUUGCAGUGGAAGAAAAGAAGAAGGGUUUUCAAAAGGACACUGAAGAGAAAACAAAAACAGAUGAUGAAACGGAGAAACUUGCGAUGGAAGAAAAAGAAAAAGUUCUUCAAAACCACAUGGAAGAGAAUUCAAAGACAGCUCAAGAACAGCAGAGGAGAAAAGAAACCGAGAAACUUGCGGAUCAAGAAAAGAAGAAAGUUCUUCACAAGGACAUGGAAGAGAAUUCAAAAGUAGUUCAAGAACAACAAAAGAGCAAAGAAACAGAGAAACUUGCAACGCAAGAAAGGCAAACAGCCCUUAAAACGGUGGGUAGAGAAGAUGCGACGCAAAGCAAAACCACACCACAUAUAACCGCAGCAUCAGAAUCCACGAGAGGACCGAAAGAUCUACCAGAUAGAAAGACGCAAAACAGAACAGAGAAUCAAGCCAAAGCCAAAGCCAAAGAAGGAUCAUCGUCAAUGAGCAGAACAAUCAAAGAAGACAUCAGAGACGGACUCAGCAAGCUAACUUGGGGUAAAAGCAACGGUGACAACGAGAAAUCCGUGAGUGUCUUCACUCUAACAGGCGAAAACAGAGGAGCCAACAUGGCAAUAGGUUCUGAAAAAGACAAGAAAGACGGUGAGGUUCACAUUCGCCGUGGAUACAAAACUAAUCCAGACGAGAGCCCUGAGACCACAGCCACGGAGACCGAAGCAGGCACAAGACCCUACCCUAAAGACGUAGAAGAAGACGCUAGGGUUAGGGCAUACGUGAACGGAAACAGUCAGGGGGUCAACAACUCGAUUAUAUGCGAUAGUUCAGUGCAACAGAACGAUCCAGGCAUUCAUAUGAAUUUGAAGUUUGAAAAGGCAAAGGAAAAGGAUGAAACUGUUAGUCCACCGGAGAAAAAACCGGCGACGGAGAAGCUGUUGAAGUAUGAGCCGAGGGUGAGGAGGAGAUGCUUGAGAGGGUUGCUAGCAGAGUCGAGUCAGUCGGAUCCGGAGAAUCCCUUGAAGCCUAGGAGACAUGGUUGCCGCUUUACCUGUAAAGACAAAGAAGAUAUUGAGAACAUUUAAUUAUGUAAAUAUUUUUUAAAAAAAAUUAUGUAAAUACCUAAUUAUGUACAAAUGUUGUUGUUUAUUC